AUGGUGACAUGCUGUGUUCCUAAGAAAGUAAGUGUAACAAUCGUUUUUAAUAAAAUUUAUUUUGGUUUUGUUGGGUUAAUCUAAUAAGAAAUAUUAGCUUAAUCUAAUUAUGACAUAUUAUUUUCAGGUUCGCUCGCGUUCUUCUGUUAAUAAUUCAAUAAAUAGUUCUAUUUCAGGUAAUAACAUAAUAUUAUAUUUUGGAUUUUAUAUUAUAAGUGGAAAUUAUAAAUUAAAUUAAACAACUUAAUUUUUUUUUUAUCGAUCUAUCUAUUUUUUAACUUUAAAGAGUUAAUACAUAUUUUAAAUCGAAAACUAGGAAUUCAGAUUUCUAAUUACUAUUUAUAAUUUGUAUGGAAUUGCUAUUUCAAAAAAAACCUGACUAAUAUUUCGAUACUAAUUUAGAAGAACGUGCAGUUGUAGAGUUAGGAACUGAAGCUGUUGAACAUAUUUUCGAAGAGGCUAUAGAUGUUGUGGUUGAAGAAGUCAUACAAUAUAUUAUUGAAGAAGUUGUAGGGGAAACAGUGGUUGAUUGUGUAGUUAAAGAUUUAGUUGAAGAAGUUAUAGCUAUAGAAAGUAUAAAUGAUUUAGAAAGUUCCAAGGCGGAUGAAACACCGUCAAUGGACGAUUUCACACUUGUUGGCGUCCUGGGUAAAGGGAGUUUUAGAAAAGUAAUAUUUAUUAUUAUUAAUAAUUAUUGUAUAAAUAAGUAAUUCGUGUUUCAUUUGCUUUCCAUUCAUAUUAGGUAACAUUAUGUCAACACAAAUUAUCGAACAGGUAUGUUGCCAUAAAAAGCAUCCAUAAAUCAAAAAUCAUAACUUCUAGCAAAUCAGUAGAGUCAUUAUACUCCGAAAAAAAGAUAUUUGAAGUCGUAAAUAAUAACCCCAACCCGUUUCUCGUAAACUUGUUCUCAUGUUUUCAGACAAACGUAAGUGUACUAAAAUUUAGUUAUUUAUUUGUAUUUUGAAAUUAAUUGGUUUAUUGGUCACAGGAUUAUGCUUGUUUUGUCGUGGAAUACGCUGCGGGCGGCGAUUUAAAUUGGCAUAUAGAAAAUGAAGGAGCAUUUACGGAACCAAAAGCCGUGUUCUAUGCCGCAUGUGUGGUGCUAGGUGUCACGUAUUUACACGAACACAACAUCGUUUAUCGGUUAGUACAAUGUUAAAUAUCAUUUUUACAUAUUACAUUGUUGUUAAUAUGGUGCGUUUAUUAUUGGUUAGCGAUAUAAAAUUGAAUAAUUUAAUUAUGUCAACGGACGGCUAUAUAAAAAUUGCCGACUACGGUUUAUGCAAGAUGAAUAUAGGAUUUGGCGAUCGAACAGCAUCAUUUUGUGGGACUGCUGAAUUCGUAGCGCCAGAAAUCCUAAUAGAUACAUCGUACACACGAAGUGUCGAUUGGUGGGCCUUUGGGAUUUUAAUAUACAAAAUGCUUGUCGGAGAAGUAAAUAUAAUUUGA